AUGUCGGUUACAUUAAUAGGGCUGACCACAACCGUACAUGCAAUCUCGAAGACUAACAACUUUACUCAAUCUACUAAAGAGCUUGUCACUAUUAACAUAUAUUCCACUUUUUCUUCAGGAACAUCCAGUCAUCCUCCCAGACCAGAAUGUCCAGCGAGCAAAGGAGUGCUUAUUGGCCUGAUUGUUGUUGUUGUAGUCCUGACUGUCCUGUUACUGUAUGCAGGUGCUAUUACUUUCUUGCAUAUUCAACUCAGACGCAAAGUACCAACCAAGACUGGAGAGAACGGACCAGAUUCUUACAUGGACCUACAACCCAGACCCGAGACAGACAGAACAUACCAGGAGAUGACUAUCACCUCAACGGCUUCGUCCAAUACACCAGGAGAAAGACGUCUACCAUCAUCAAACCUGUUUUAUGAGAACCAGAAUGUUGCGCAGUAUGAAAACACAAUAGAGGAGGGUGCUGGUUAUGAUGAUAUUAUUUAGCUUCAAAAAACAUAAUAUGCAUGUCAGCCAUUUCCCAUCUAUUCAUUUUCAUUUAUAGAGAACAUCAUCAAUGGAUUAGUUCGGUUACCCUAUUUCGAAAGCAAUACAAAAUCUCACAUAACAGGUUAAAUAAAAGAUACUAAACAUCAGCAAAAGUAACUGGAAAAAAGCAAAACUUUUAAAC